UUCGUGUUCCCAGCAAAUCCCGCAGUGCAAGUAGAGGAGGAACCGAUCGAGGAGAUGGCGCGUAUGAAGCAGACCGCUCGCAAGUCCACCGGCGGCAAGGCCCCCCGCAAGCAGCUCGCCACCACCAUCGCGGCGAGGAAGUCGGCCCCGACCACUGGCGGCGUGAAGAAGCCCCACCGCUUCAGGCCCGGCACGGUGGCGCUGAGGGAGAUCCGCAAGUAUCAGAAGAGCACGGAUUUGCUCAUCCGCAAGCUGCCGUUCCAGCGUCUGGUGCGGGAGAUCGCGCAGGAUUUCAAGACGGACCUGCGCUUCCAGAGCCAUGCCGUGCUGGCGCUUCAGGAGGCCGCCGAGGCAUACCUCGUCGGGCUCUUCGAGGACACCAAUCUCUGCGCCAUCCAUGCCAAGCGUGUCACUAUCAUGCCCAAGGACAUCCAGCUCGCCCGCCGCAUCCGUGGUGAACGCGCCUAA